AUGGUUUCUAAAAGAAGAGCUAAUUGUGAAAUGAAAUGCUGCAUAAUUCUUGACCAAGUGCGUGAAUUUUGCUUGAGAAAAAUUACAGAAGAAAAGUUCUUGCAGCUCAUAGUGCCAUAUAAUCCACGUCAACCAGUAGAUUCAAAAAGGUUAUGCAUGUACAUACAAAACACUAUGAGAAUCAACUCCAAGGAAAGGGAGUCUUCUGGAGAAAGUCAGGGGUCUCUUGAGUUCAUUGUUCAUCCGAAAUUCAGUAUAUUGAAUAGUAAGAACCCUUUCCGUUUGCUUAGUGACUUAGGAUGUAUUCUGGUGUUGCAUUUAAUGGAUAUCUACUCGGACAAUUCUUGGGCUGCUGCAUUUCAGUCACUGGCUCACUUGAGGUGCCUUGCAAUUUUUGUGAAAGUAUUUGAUUUGAAGUGGGUGUCACACCUCCUUCAUCUACAGACCUUGCUGGUUCGUUCAUCUUUUACAAUGAUAUCAGCUGCUAUUUGGAAAAUGGAAAAAUUGAGGCAUGUGGAUAUAAGCAAAUUUUCCAUUACAUGGGAAGAUGAUGAGCGAGUGAAUUUUGAAGAAUCUCCGGUUCUUGUGUUAGAUAACUUGAAGACUCUUGGCAUGUGCUAUAUGUCCAUGGUUGACAUGACUUCGAAAUACUGGGGGAAGUUCCUAAAUCUUGAAAAACUCAGGCUCCACAUUGAUGAAUUUGGAGAUGUUCCCAAUUAUUCAGGUUCUGCAUUGAUGAGUUUGGAGAUGUUCCCUUCACGUCUAAGGGUUUUGUCCCUCAGUGACAUUUUUCUAACAGAUGAAAUAGUUUCAAGUAUUACAAAGCUGCGACACCUUGAGACUCUUAAAUUAUCCGAGAUAUACUUUAUUGGGGAAAAGAUCUGUUGUCCCAAGCUUGAAGAGAUCCCGAUUGGCCUUGUGGAUAAUUGCGUAUUGAGAUCGAUAAAAGUGAUCAACUGUAGCGUCUCGGUUGGGAAUUCACCACUGAAGAUUAAACUAGAGGCAGAAGAAAAUUUUGGAUGUGACUAUUUCCAAGUUCAUAUCUUGAAGAAAGACUAA